UAUCAUAAAUAGACAACAAAAAAGCAAAAAAAUCGCAACUGUUGAUAAACACAGUGGAGUUAAAAAAUUAAAUAUUUUUAUUGAGUUGAGGGGAAAUAGUAUUUAAGAUUCAAAAAAUGGAUUGUGAAGAUAUGCAGAUGAUUGAGGAGCCAAAUCUCUCGGAACGUAAAGAGACUGGUAAACGCGGACGCAAACCUGGUCGCAAGGCUUCAACAGAAAAAGUCGAUAUAAGAGCCAAAUUAGAACGUAGUCGCCAAAGUGCGCGGGAAUGUCGUGCCCGCAAAAAAUUGCGAUACCAGUAUUUGGAAGAGUUGGUGGCAGACCGAGAGAAAGCUGUAAUAGCUUUGCGUGAAGAACUGGAGCGAGUAGUACAAAAAGUGGAGCUCCGAACUAAGUGAAGGCAACAUACCUGAUGGUUUUCAACAGUUACUUGAAGAGGCGGGUGUGCUAAAACAGGAACAAGUUAUGUAAAACUAAAUACCUCGGUAGUUUGUAAGGGUUUUAACAGCUUUUGUUUUGGUUUUUAUAACAAUGUAAAUUCUAAUUGUGGGCUGCAAACAAAAUUAGGGAGUUACAAGGUGUUGUAUAUUGUCGUAUUAUUGUAUGUUGUAAACUUUAAUUGGAUUUUACACCGUUAAAAAAUAGUUUAUUGUGGUUUCGACAUACGACAAUACGGCAUUUAAAACACCUUGUGAACCACAUAAAUAUCAGAAUAGUAAUUAUACAAGCUCUUAUAUGGAUACAUAAUUAUGAAUUGUUUAAGUCUUCGUUUUCACGAAGUCACCAUUGUUUAUAUAAAGUUAAUAAAAGCACAGAUUGAUACACCGA